AUGUUGUUCAACUGUUUACAUAAUGACAUGUGCCAUAAAUAUGUCCAUGCUUUUCAGAUCUCACCCAGAGAUGUCCUCUUGCUUUUAAUUAUUAUGAUGUUGCCUACAGAGAAUAAAAGACCAUGCCUUAAAUUUACAAAGCUAUCAAUAAAGGAUUCCUUCAGUGAUUUGUUUAAUCCCCAAGUGGAGAUGUUUUUGUUAAUGUAUACAAAGAACAACCUAAACUGUCCUGAGCCACUGUUGGAGCGGGAUAAUUCACUUAAUGUUAAGUUCAACACAAGUAAGAAAACAGUCUGGCUUAUUCAUGGAUACAGACCACUGGGCUCCAUUCCAUCAUGGCUUCAGAACUUUCUAAGGAUUUUGAAUCAUCAUGAUGUGAAUAUAGUUGUAGUGAACUGGAUCCGGGGUGCUACAACAUUAAUUUACAGUAGAGCCGUUAAAAACACCAGAAAAGUUGCUGUGAGUUUGAGUGAGUGCAUUCAGAAGCUGUUGAAACAUGGAGCAUCUCUUGAUAAUUUUCAUUUCAUAGGUAUGAGCUUAGGGGCUCAUAUUAGUGGAUUUGUUGGAAAGAUAUUUCAAGGUCAACUUGGAAGAAUAACAGGACUUGACCCUGCUGGGCCAAAAUUCUCUGGAAAACCAUCAAAUGACAGAUUACAUUACACUGAUGCAAAGUUUGUGGAUGUCAUCCAUUCUGAUACUAAUGGUUUAGGCAUUUUAGAACCCUUGGGACAUAUAGAUUUUUAUCCAAAUGGAGGAGAAAAGCAGCCUGGCUGUCCUACAACAAUACUUUCAGGAAUGCAAUUUAUUAAAUGUGACCACCAGAGAGCAAUCCACUUGUUCAUGGCAGCUUUGGAAACAAACUGCAAUUUUAUUUCAUUUCCUUGUCAUUCAUACGAAGAUUACAAGACUGGUUCAUGUAUGGAUUGUGACAACUUUAAGAAGAAAUCAUGUCCUAGGCUAGGUUAUCAAGCUGAGCUAUGGAAAGAUGUUUUAGAAGAAAGAAUGAAAAGAUCUCUUAGGACGACUGCGUUUUUGGAUACUACUGGCAUAAAUCCAUUCUGUACCUAUUAUUUUGUUCUCAGUGUAAUUGUAGAUAACACAAUGAUGGAUGGCUAUAUUACAUUUAAAUUAUUAAACCAGCUUGGAAGGGUUGAAGAACCAUGGCUCUAUAAGAAGAAUAAAUCAUUUUAUAAACUUCAAGAAGCCAAGAUUCUUGCUCAGUUUUUAAAUGAUGUUGUAAAUAUUUCAAGCAUUGGUUUGGUAUAUUAUCAGGACUCUAAUCAGCAAUGUUGCACAUGCCAAUAUAGCAUCCAGCGUCUCAUGUUAAAAUCACUUACAUAUCCAGAAAGACCACCACUCUGCAUGUACGAUAUUGUACUUAGAGAAAAUGAGGAGGUAUUUCUCAAUCCACGCACCUGUAUAGCAGAGGAAAUAUAG